AUGAUAAGACGAUGCCAAAGUGAAAACAUCAAGAACAAACAAAGAAAUUAUAAAGCAAAGCGCUGUAAAAUUACCUCUUAUGAAAGGGAGCAUAAGUCCAAGAUAUAUACUAUAAAUAUAAUAAUAUUGAAAGAUUUUUCCAAGAUGCGGAAUUUCAUCGACAAUGAAAAAACGAAGAGCAUAAAACUAUUUUUUAUGAACGUCAUCGUUAUAAUCCUCUAG